GAAGGAAGGCCAGGCCUCUGAACCCAGCCUCUGAGGUCCAUGUUGGCAGCCCCAGGUCAGAGGCAACUGCCAUCCCUCCGCGUUAGUGCUGGGGGAGGCCCCCUGGGCUCCCUGAGCUCCUCCCCAUCCUCAAGGUCCAGCCUGGCAGUCCCUCGUUCAGGCCUCAGGCGCACAUUCACAGAGACCUCUGACAUGACAGGUUCUGUGAGAGAGGAGGCAUUUGAGCCUUGAAACAGGCUUCUUAGGGCAGGGACCACAAGCAAGCUGACUACCAAGGACUUGGUGAAGGGUAGGCCAUCCCCAGGUCAGCGGGGAGAGAUCUCAAACAAGAUGAUUUCAAGGACGAGAGCCCUCUGUGCAACUAUGUUAGGAACAAAUGGCAAGAAGAGAAGCCUGCAGGACCCAAGUUCUCAAGCACCCCACCCAUUGUGACAUCACCAGCUGGGCCGGCUGGGAGAGGAGAGGCAAUGGCAGGGUCUUUCCCCUCAGCCCUGGCCUCCGCCACCUCCUGGGCCAGCAGCAAAGCCAAGGGCCAUGCUCCUGUUAUCAGUUUUGCUGCUCAUGUCCCAAGCCAGGGGUGCACAUCUCGCAUGCGGCAAAAGACCCACUUAUGAGGAAGAAUUUCAGCAUUCCAGAAUCAUAGGGGGGAUGGAGGCUGAGGAGGGUGAGUUCCCAUGGAUGGUGAGUAUUCAGGCAGGAAAUCAACAUUUCUGUGGCGGCACGAUCAUCAACAAUUGGUGGAUUGUCACUGCGGCUCACUGCUUAUCUAAUGAUGAACUAAAUCCCAUGGACCUGAGCAUUGUGCUGGGAACCAACGACUUGCAGAGCCCAUUCCUGGAAGUGAAGGGGGUCACCAGCAUAGUGAUUCACAAGAACUUCGAAAGGUCCACCAUGGACAACGACAUCGCCUUGCUGCUGUUGAACACGGAGAUCAAGUUCAGCGGCCUGAAGGAACCUAUCUGCAUGCCCAGGCAGCCCGGCCCCACCAAGUGGAACAAAUGCUGGGUGGCAGGAUGGGGGCAGACCAAACCUGAUGACAAAAACUCUGAGUCCAGUGACCUGAAGAAAGUGCCAAUAGUCAUCAUGGAUUGGAGGGAAUGUACAAAGGUGUUUCCAAAGCUUACCAAAAACAUGCUGUGUGCUGGGUAUGCGAACAAGAGCUACGAUUCCUGCCAGGGUGACAGUGGAGGGCCCCUGGUCUGCACCACAGAAUCUGACAGGAAGUGGUACCAGGUGGGCAUCAUCAGCUGGGGAAGGAGCUGUGGGCAGAAGAACAUUCCAGGAAUUUACACCUUGUUAUAUAAUUAUGGCCCCUGGAUCAAGAAGGUGACGGAGGUAGAGGGAAGGUCCUAUGACCCUGAGAAAGUGAGAACUGAGGAGGUGAGAGCUCCUCCCCCAGAGACACAGAUGAGAUCCAAGGCCUCAGAAUUCCCAGAGCCCAGUGGCCCCAGACUCUGGCUCCUGCUCUGCCUUCUGUCCUACAUACUGUUCUAGGCCAUUUUCUACUGGCAAUAAAACAAGUGCUAUUCCAUAACCAAGGAGAAUGUGUUUGAAUGAUGGUAGCCACGUGGCUACAUUGGGGAGAAGUGGGUAGUGAAGUGGAAAGAACAGAUGUUGACUGGGACUAUUUCUCAAAAACGGCUUCCAAGUGAAGGCCACAAUGACCCCAGGCCCUCCAGUUUACGUCCUACCAGCUAAGCAGCCUCAGUGGAAAUAGCAUCUGAUUCCUGACAAUUCCAGUAAUUCUGUAGUCUAACUCUUGUGACUCAGAAGCCCCACAAAUGACCUGAAAGCUUCUACAUCUGCCUGGAGGGGAACUCCUACCUCCUGUAGCCACAGGGCUGCGAUGGCUAAAAAUCAAACUCACAACCUCAUCCUGAGACUUGCGGGUGUCUACUGUUAAAGGCAUUGAUGGAGAAGGAAUGUGAUCCUGAACACUUGAAUGGGGGUGUAUGAGAAGACCCUGAUGGAACUGGGACCCCGAAUUCUGAUUAGUUUUCUUUGGCAGUGGCCACAGUCUUCCCCUACUCCUCCACCCCUACCCCCACCCCUCAGUAAGAGGGACCUCUUUGCUCACCCCAGGGUAUUAACCCUGUAUUGCUGAGGAAAGGGUCAUGGCCUUCCCUGAGGCGGCUGUCAAGCAAGACAAUGCUGAUUUCCUCAGAACCCCAUUCCACCGCCCUCUCUGUUUCUAUAACUAGACUUACGGUAAGUCCCGGCAGACUCCUACAGGUGAAGUACAAAGCGUGACCCAUGAGGAUGGACACGCACCCCAAAAGAACCUCUUGAGUUUUCUAAUUCGAACCGAUAGAAAUCUAGGCUUGGAUAUUGAGGGUGGGGUAAUGAUGGGAGGAACAUACAUUUGCAUCAGGUAAAUUGAUUGAUAUGGGUUCACGAAGCAGGGAUUCUGCAUUUAAUGUUACAUCUGCAUCUACUGUUCCCAGAGUCAGGAAGGGCUCUACCAGUCUGUGUGGCCAAAGCAUGCACUAAAAGGAGACCCACCGAGAGUGAGUUAGAAAGACUGAGCCUGCUUUGGUGUAAUGCAGAGGGGGAUUGGAAUGUUGGCAUAGAUUUGUCAUUGAGACCUACUCGCCCACCCUGGGAAAAGACAAAUUUUUUUUUUGAGAGUGAGCCCAGCAUUCUAGGAGAGCUCUGAGUUCACUCUUCCCUGCAGGCCAGACCUCACAGGGGUACCUGCAGCCACUGAAUUGGGAAACCUGAAUGCAAUGGGGGUAACUGGAUCCCUGGAAUGGCAGGGGAAAAUGGAGGCACUCAAUCGACAAAGGCAAGGUGGGUGUGGUUACUGAAUGAAGAGUCAAAGCAGCAAUUACAAUAGUCCUAUAUGCACAGAGCCGUGAUGUUAGCUCACUGAUCAUGGUGUUCUAUAUAAGCAGAAAAAUUCUAGGUCAGAUGAAUAAAGUUUAAUUUGAAUCAUACAAAUAGAGAAUUGUGGCUCUUUAAUCAGUUCUCAGACUUGAGCCAGUUUAUAGCCCAAUGCCACUUGAAUGAAGGGGAGGUUGGGUCCCCCUAUGAGGGACUCCCGUGCACCACCAAAUGUUUACACGCUAAUCUUUCUCCCAGCCUUC